UUACCAGUCUCCUGUGUGUGGAUACUUGGUAGCAAAACAUGAUAAACGUCGUUCAAACAUGGGAAGCUUUCUCAACAACAUCGACUUUAUAUCGAGUUGAGGUGUUUCGAGGGCAAACUAUUUUGCCACCUUUGCACCACUUUGCAAUUCGGGAUUCUUGCGCACGUGUGACGAUUUUGGAUCCGCUGCUUAUCUGUUGACAUUCUCUCCGGUGUUUUCUAUUUUAAUUUUACCUUAUUGAAUGUGCUAGCACAGAAAUUGCAAAUUACUUUUUUCUAACGUAUAUUAAAGAGAUAUUUACCGGGAAUGGCGGCUUGUACGGAGAUAAUCGAUGACAUUGAAGACCUCAUCCAGUCGCAGGACAUCACUCCCAAAGAAAGAUAUGCUAACAAAUCUAACGUAACCGUCCGAGCGAAACGAGUAAAAAAGGCCCUUGAAGCCAAGGAGAAGGAUGCUGCAUCAGUUACGGAGAAAAGCAUUCUGGAGAGUGUUAUUCCGGGAACUCAGUCGAUCUACCUCAAGACGUGGGGCUGCGCGCACAACAAUUCCGACAGUGAAUACAUGGCUGGUCAGCUUGCUUCCUAUGGUUACAAUAUUACUUCCGAUAAAUCGAACGCGGAUUUAUGGCUACUGAACAGUUGCACGGUAAAGAACCCGUCGGAAGAUACCUUUCGAAAUGAAAUUCAAUCGGCCAACAAAAUGGGCAAACACGUCGUCCUGGCCGGAUGUGUGCCUCAAGCUGCUCCCAAGUCGGACUACAUGCACGGAUUAAGCAUUGUAGGCGUUCACCAGAUCGACCGGGUAACGGAAGUGGUGGAGGAAACAUUGAAAGGACAUUCCGUCCGUCUGCUGCAGGCAAAGAAGCUCAACGGAAAGAGAGUAGCAGGCCCUCAGCUAGCUCUGCCGAAAGUGAGGAAAAAUCCGCUGAUUGAGAUAAUUCCCAUUAAUUCCGGUUGUCUUAAUGCCUGCACGUACUGCAAAACGAAAUUUGCCAGGGCUGAUCUGGUCAGUUAUCCCGUGGAGGAAAUUGUGCAAAGGGCAGCUCACGUGUUCACUGAAGGAGUUUGCGAAAUUUGGCUCACUUCCGAAGAUACCGGAACCUACGGUCGAGAUAUUGGAACAUCGCUUCCGGAACUGUUAUGGAAAUUGGUUGCCGUCAUACCCGAUGGAUGUAUGCUGCGUUUGGGCAUGACAAACCCUCCCUAUAUACUGGAACAUCUAGAGGAAAUGGCCAAGAUACUCGCACACCCCAAAGUUUACAGUUUUCUCCAUGUGCCCAUCCAGAGCGGUUCGGACUCUGUGCUAGCAGACAUGAAGCGAGAAUAUUGUCGUUCCGACUUUGAACAAAUUGCUGAUUUUCUGAUGGACAAAGUGCCUGGCAUAACGAUUGCAACGGACAUAAUUUGUGGUUUUCCGACUGAAACGAAGGAUGACUUCGAGCAUACAAUGAAGCUAUGCGAGAAGUACAAAUUCCCGAGUUUGUUCAUCAACCAGUUCUAUCCCAGACCGGGAACGCCGGCUGCGAAAAUGCAACGGAUACCAGCAGAUCAGGUAAAAGUGCGCACCAAGCGUUUGACGGAUCUGUUCUACAGUUACGAGCCCUACGUAGGAAAAUACGUAGCUGGAGAUCGCCAAAAAGUGCUCGUUACCGAAAUCUCUCACGACAAAAAACAUUAUGUUGGCCAUAACAAGUGCUACGAACAAGUACUUUUGCCCAUGGAUAAGAAUUUGCUGGGAAAGCUUGUAGAGGUUGAAAUCGUCAGCAUUACGAAAUUCAGCAUGCUUGCUAAGGUGGUCCAAGAGGAGAAAGAUUGGGUAAGAUGCACGACCUUGGAGAACAGCAAGCAAGCGUUGGAGGUGGACGGCAGUGUCAUUAAGGUCGUAUCAAAGGACGAUAAGACACAGUCCUACGUCGUGUUGCUAUUUUUUGCUUUCGUGUCCUGCGGCAUUGCACUCGUGUGUCGCUAUUUUAUGCUUUCGAUUUAGAAAUGAAUAAAAUCACAUAUAAAAGAAAAC